UGGAAAAUUUUGGCGUUAUUCAUAAGAAAUGUUGCCAGUGAAUCUCAAUAGCUAUAGUUUUUUAUAGCAUUACAGUCCAGUGUUGACAAUUUUUGGGGUGUGACAAUUUUAUUAGAAGUGGUUACUGAAAUCAUCUUCAAAUUAAAAUUCACCAUCAAACCUCAACAAAAAUGUCUGAAUUUAAUGGAAAUGUUACACCAUUUAAAACAUCAACUGACUGCAUGGAUAUGGGUUUAUUCAAAUUUGAAAAUGGAGAUCGCUAUAUUGGAUGCUUUACAGCUAACAUAAAGAGAGAAUUAUUCAGAGAAGGAUUUGGAAAAUAUUUUUGCAACAAUGGAGACUCAUAUUGUGGAUUAUGGAGAAAAGAUAAUCUUGUCGCAGCAAAAUCGAUCACUUACAAAAACCGUCACACCUACAGCGGAGAAUUGAGUAGAACUGGAAUGCAAAUGGAGGGCAUAGGCACUUACAAAAUUCCUUCAAUUGGGGAUUUACACGUUGUAUUUGAAGGAAAUAAACCUACAGGCGAGAUUAAUCUGGUUGAUGUGAGUGGUUUUUGCUGGAAGGGCAAAUGUAACGACGAUGGCGUCACCCUCUAUCCAGUUAACCAGUUCAAAAUUUACAGAGAACAAGCAAUGAACAAAGAUCCUGAGAAAAUAGAAAGUGACUAAAAUAGAAUUAAAAAAUGAAUAUUUAUAAAUUUAUUUACGAUUCGAAUAAAACUUAUGUAAUGA